AUGGUUGAAGAAAUACCAGAUCAAUGCUGGGAAUUAAUCUUCACAUUCCUCAACGACGGCAGCGACGGUGAACACAACCAUCACUACUUGAAGUCUCUCUCCAUUGCCUCAAAAGAGUUUUUCUCCAUCACCAACCGUCUUCGAUUCUCUCUCACUAUCUAUGUUCCAACACACCCUUUUUUGCACCGGCUUUUCAAAAGGUUCGUCAACCUCACAUCCCUCGACCUCACCUGCUUCUGCGGUGACCUUGACGCGCUUCUCUCUCAAAUCUCUUGUUUCCGAUUGAAGCUCACAUCACUAAAUAUCUCCAACCAACCAACCAUUCCCGCAAUUGGGUUACGAGCUUUUUCCAAAAAGAUUACAACUUUGAUAUCUCUUGUUUGUUCCAACAUUGAGUCUAUCUAUGGCACUGACUUGUUUCUCAUUGCCGAAUGUUUCCCUUUGCUCGAAGAACUUGACCUUAGUAAUCCAGGAGAGUUUGCAAAUCAUGUAAACUUCCUUGAUGGUUUAGAUGCUCUUUCAUUAGCACUUUUCAAACUCCGUAAGAUUAAUCUCUCUGGUCAUUGUUAUGUAAACGACUCAUCACUUUUGCACUUGUGUAAGAAUUGUGAGUUUCUUGAACAAGUUAUGAUGAUGAAUUGCUCAUUGUUAACUCACCAUGGCAUUGCUUAUGCAAUCCGCGAGAGACGACAAACUUUGAGGUCUCUAUCCAUUAGAUGGAGAUCAUAUGGAAGCAAUGACAUAAUUAGUUCACACUUUGUUGACUCGUUGGCGAAUUUAAAGGGCUUAACUAGUCUUGAUUUGUCGUCUUCGCGUAUAUCAGAUAAGUUGCUUACCUCAAUUGCAAUGAGAGGUCUUCCUUUGAGAAAACUCGUCCUCCAAAAUUGCACCGGCUAUAGUUAUGUUGGAAUAUUUUCUUUGUUAUCCAAGUGUCAAGGUAUACAACAUUUGGAUCUUCAAAAAGCCGAGUUUCUAAAUGAUCACCAUGUUGUCAAGUUGUCUUUGUUUCUUGGUGGUUUGAUGUCUAUAAAUCUUAGUGAUAGUGGAAAUCUCACAAAUUUAGCCUUGUGUGCACUCGUUGGAAAUUGUUCUUCACUUAGUGAGAUCAGAAUGGAAUACACAACUAUUGGGAAAGAGACCGUAGAGAAUUCUAAUUCUCUCAUGGAUUUUGUCGUAAGCCCUCAAUUAAAAUUUCUCCAUUUGGCUUACAGUUCAUGUCUAAAAGACGAAAGCAUCAAAAUAUUUGCUUCCAUUUUUCCCAAUUUGCAACUGCUUGAUUUGAGCAAUUGCAAAGACAUAUCGGAAGAAGGUAUUUAUCAAAUUUUAAGGAGAUGUCGUAAGCUUAGACAUCUGAACUUAACCUCCUGUUUUGGAGUAAAGGUGCAAGGAAUGAACUUUGAAGUUCCCCAGUUGAAGGUGUUGAACUUGUCAUAUACAAGUAUUGACGAUAAAACACUUUAUGUGAUCUCGAAGAGUUGUUGUGGGCUCUUGCAACUAUUACUCGAAAGUUGUAAGAAUGUCACAAAGAACGGAGUGGAGCACGUGGUUGAGAAUUGCACGCAACUUAGAGAGAUCAAUUUGGGGUAUUGUAAUAACAUUAAUUUUGUUAAUAUUGUUGACAUGGUAUUUUUAAGGCCUUCAUUGAGAAAGAUAACCCUACCGCCUCACUAUCGUUUAAGUGAUGAAGAUAAGGAACUCUUAUCACGUCAUGGAUGCCUUGUCGGCUAG